AUGGACCAGCGCAUGGAACUGAGGAGGCAGAGGCGUGAGCAGGUGCAUCUAGAGCCAGAGAAGGGCUUCAGCACAACAGAUGAUGAUGAGGAGGCGGCUCAACAGCGGAGGAGAAAGGCUUGUGAAGAGAGGAUGAAAAAGACAGAGAUGGAGGAGUCCAGCAGCAGCACCGUGACAAUAGAGGUCAACAACACUCACAGUGGGACAGAGACAGAGUCCUCCUCCUCCAGUGUGGAGGUGAGCUCCUCAGGAGGAGGUGAAGGAGGUGAGGAGGAUGCAGUACUCCUGGACCGCCUGGCCAAGCGGGAGGAGCGCAGACAGAAGAGGUUGAAGGAAGCACUGGAUAGACAGAAGAAGUUCGACCCUACCAUCACCGACAGCAAUGAGAGGACACCUCCUCUAGUGGGUGCCACCGAGACACAGACGAGGAGAAGGAGGAGAAACCAGCCCAGGAGGAGAAAGCUGAGGAGGUGGAGGAUGGAGAUAGAAAAGAAAGCCGUUGAAGAUAUAUCUAAGAAAGAAGAGGAAGAAAAACAGAAGAAAGAGAUGGAAGAAAAAGAGGCUACAGAAAAAGCUGCAAAACUCAAGAAAGAAGAAGAAGAGAAAGCUAAAACAUCUAAGCAAGCAGAGGAAAAGCAGAAAGCAGAGGAGAAGUUGAAAAAGCGGGAGGCUGAGAAAGUGGAGGUGGAGAUACCGAAGCUAAGAUCAGUCAAGAAAGACGAGAAGGAGUCCACCCCCUCCAAGCAGAAGAACGGAGGUGUGUCUCGCUCCACCGAGGCGGAGGACCAGGAGCGUCUGGAGGAGGAGAGGAAGCUGGAGGAGCUGAAGCAUCGUCGUGACGAGGCAGACAGCGAGGAGUUUGAGAAGAUGAAGCAGAAACAGCAGGAGGCUGAGGCUGAGCUGGAGGAACUGAAGAAGAAGAGGCAGGGGAGGAAGAAGAUCAUAGAGGAGGAGGAGAAGCAGAGGAAGGCAGAGCUGGCAGAGAAAAAGGCCAUAGAGCAGAGAUUAGAGCAAAGAAGAAAAGAGGCUGCAGAGAAGAAGAAACAGAUAGAGGAAUCAGCCGACGAAGACAAGAAACCCUUCACAUUGGGCGUAACGCCCAGGGGCAAGAUUGGGGAGAGGGCAGAAUUCUUAAACCAGAGAGCACAGAAAGGCUGUAAGACAUCACACACGCCUAUUGUCUCCAAGAUAGGCGACAGACUGGAACAUUACACUGCUGCAGUUCAGGAUGCUGCUGAUAUUAAAGUAGGCGUGGCCGGACAGACUAAAGGCUGGGGAAAGAGCCCAGCAGACACGGGCAAGGCAGCUGACAAGGCUGAAGACCUGAAGCCUGUUGACGUCGGCAACAAGCGCAGCCUAUGGGAAACAAAGGGCUCCUCCCCUUCUAAGGUAACAGUUGGAGGCAAGAGCAAAUCUGUCACAAAUGCAGGUGUUGGAUGCUAACAACACAGAGGAAAAACCCUGAGGAAGAAGCCCCAACUGAUGAAAUGCAAGACUCUACUAUGUGUAUUCAUAACCCAAAAUAUAUCCAUUACAACCACACAGGGGUCACAGGGGUCACAGGGGUCACAGGGGUCACGUUAUGCUUUAGGAAAGGGGGAGGGAGGGAGUACAGGUUAUUGAUUUUGGGUGGUAUUCAGAGUUGAGAUCCUCACGUUUAACUCUUACUUUUGUGUAAAUCAUUCAUUGAUGUCAAUGGGAGACAUGCGCCAACAUUUGAAUACCAUCCCAAAAUACAUAUUAGCACUGUAUUUAAAGCCCUGUAUUUUAUGAGGUAUUUUAGAUUUUGAAUGAAACAGCCUUUGCACAAUCCCUCGUACGUCCUAAUAGAAUCAAUGCUGUGAAAAUAUCAUUUGAUCAACCACAUUUGUAGGAAAUAAUUUAUGUUAGUAAUUAAAUAUAUUUUAACCCCACCCCUUUGGGCUUGACUUAAUUUAUUUGAUAAACAAAAUAAUUCAAAGAAUUUAUAUGAAACUUUCAAAAUAAUUGUAAAAGUUGUUUAAAUGUCAUCCAAAAUGUAAUGUAUUCUAUAGAGAUACAGUAAGAAUUUAAAUAGCCAUAGUGAACUGAAAGCUUCCAGUUGCAUAAGGUUGACAUUAGCGGGCAGUCUGAUCAUAAAUAUGUACUACCUACACCAGAGGAGGCUGGUAGGAGGAGCUU